AUGGAAGACUUUCUUUGUCUCUGUCUGCUUUCUCUCUCUCUCCCUCUUUAUUUCAUAUAUUUUUCUAUUGCUGUAACUCUCCUGCAACUGUCUAUUUUACACAGUCUCCAGCUUUUUCAUUCUGCUAUUUUCCUUCUUUACCUUGUUGCAGAUCUACAGCCUCUGUUUGUGUCUCCACAACCUCUCCUCAUUAUUUUCUUCUCCUACCCUCUUAUUCUAUUGACUUUUCUUUUUGUUUCCCUUUCUUCAAAUUCCUCUAUCUUUAUCUUUAUUUUUCACCUCUCUUUCUUUCCUUCUCUUUUUCAUGUCUCUUUUUUUUUAUCUUCAUCUCACUAUCCAAUCAUCUUUUCAUCAUUUAGUUUUACUCUUUCUUUUACUCCUCUUUCUAUAUUUGGUUCUCCUCUAUCUUUAAGCUUCUCCCUAUUCUCCUGCUUCACCAUUAUCUCUCUCUCUCUCUCUGCUUUUUUUUAUGUUGUUUUUCAUACUUAUUUCAUUACUGCCUUUGACCGUUCUUUCUCUGCUUCAUUUUUGGGUGACAAUAUCUGCUUUUUAUUCUUCACUUUUGACCAUGUUUUCUCUCUUUUUUUAUUGACUACACUGUAUACAUUUCUACUUCCUUUUUUUUUCUUUUCCUUCUUCACACCCUCUCCUUCUAUCAAUCUAUUUUCGUCUUUUCCUCUUCAACCCAAUUCCAACCUGACACACUUAAUCCAAAUAUGA